GUGAUGUCAUAGUAAGCUUCUGUGACGUCAGCCACGUGUUAGGUUCACUUCAAACAUUCAAGAUGGAGUUUAGUGUGAAGACGAUUAAAGGUUUUGCUGCUGAAGCCGCAACUGUUUUUACAAGAGCAGUUCAGUAUACAGAAGAGAAACUUGGAACAUGUGAAAAAACAGAACUUGAUGCCCAUUUUGAGGGCUUGGCUCAGCGUUCAGAUAGGACUAAACAAUGGACUGAGAGAAUUGCAUCUCGGACAGAAGCAGUUCUUCAGCCUAAUCCAAAUAAACGUGCUGAAGAUUAUCUCUUUGAAAAACUUGAUAAAAAGAGAGAUAGACUUACAAAUUCUGAACUGUUAGGCCAAGAUAUGAUAGAUUCUGGCAAUGAUUUAGGUCCUGGAACAGCAUAUGGUAGUGCCUUGAUUAAGGUUGGCCAAACUCAACUUCGGCUGGGUCAAGCUGAACAAGAAUUUAUCCGUGCAGCUGUAACUAACUUUGUUCAACCACUUCAUCGAUUUUUAGAUGGCGAUAUGAAAACCAUAAUGAAAGAACGGAAGAUAUUAGAAAAUAAACGAUUAGAUUUAGAUAUCAGCAAAAAUCGUUUGAGGAAAGCCAGGACGAUGGAGGGCCAUGCAAACUUAAAACCUGACAUGAUUCAAAAGGAGAUUGAACAGGUAAUAUUUUUUGUUUCUUUAUCAAUUUCAAUUAAGAAAUUUAUAUAUAAUUUUGUGCUUUAUGUGAGUUUUGUUAUGUGUUAUGUCUUGUUUUAUAAUUUCAGCAUGUCUAUAGCAACAUCUGCUGGAAAUCAUCCAGCAAGUUUUCAGAAUCUCUAUCCAUCUCCAUCCAGUCCAACUGCCCCACCAAUAGAUCCUGCAGUAGCAGGGGAUAAAAAAAGAGCUAGAGUAUUAUAUGAUUAUGAUGCACAUGAUAGUAGUGAACUUUCUCUUUUAGCUGAUGAGGUAAUUUAUGUUACAUCAAAUUCUGGAUUGGAUCCAGAUUGGAUGAUGGGUGAACGAGGAGCUCAGAAAGGAAAGGUACCGAUCGCAUACUUGGAAAUACUGAACUGAGGACACUGGGGAAAACAUUUGAUGCUAAAAUUUGAUAAUGAUGAAACAUCGAAAUCCAAAUAAGCUCGGAAUUGCAAUACAAUUCCUAAUGUGAUUAUAGAGAAUUUACUAUAAUUAUGUUUAAAUAUUACUAUUGAAUGUUUAUCUUCUACUUAAAUUUGUUGGAUCCUAUUUAAAUCACUAAGUGUGCUUAUCGAUGUAUUGUAAAUCUGAUGUUUCACAUAAAACAUUCCCUUUGAUCUUCAAAUUCAACGAUAUAUUAAAAAGAAAAAGAGAGAGGAAAAAAAAAGGAAAUUUAAAGAAUGUGGUUAAAAAUAACAAAAUAAUAGUAACUAAUUAUUCUUUUAUUAUUGUUAUUUUUCUUAGAGCUUUAUAUACUGUAUAUACAUGGUUUUCUGUGGCCAAGCUAUAUACAAAAGUUAUAAAAAAGUUCAGGAUUAUAAUAUGACUAAAAAAAUAUUAAAAAAAUUAUACCCAGUGUGAUAAGGUAAUAUUCAGAGUAAAAUGUUUAAAAACUAAAUUAUUUAAACUUUAGUAAUAUAAAUGCAUUCCAGCUUAUUUCAGAUGUAUAUUACAUUUAGUUUAUUCUUUAUUUCAGUGUACAUAUUAAUAUUUGAAUAGUCUUCAAUUAAAAUAUAAUAAAAUUGUUGUAUUAGAAAAUUCCAUUCUAUUUUUAAUGUAAAUGUUUCAGUUCCACUAAAAUUUCAAUUGAAAUAAUAAUCCAAAGAGCUUAAUUACUACUAUAUGAAAUACGUUUGAAUAUUAAAAUGUACUGUAUAAGCCGAUAAUUUAAUAGUAAAAACAUGUUUUUAGAUUAUUUAUUCUUGAAUCUAAGAGUUUAUAGAUCGUUCAGACUGGAACAGAUUUAUAAUAGAUUUUAUAGUUAACAAUUAGAGGAUUCAGUUCUUAUGUGAAGUUAAUUAAAAGUGAAUUUAAAAUCUUAACUAUUAAUUAUGAAGAAAUUAUAGAAUAUGACAUAGUGUAUUAAAAAGUUUUCAAGAAAAUUUCUUUAAUCUUUAUUUAAAAAUUGCAUUUAACGUUAAUGUACGUUGUACAGUUUUCGAAGUGAAAUGUGAUUUGUAAUUAACUUUUAUGGAGAUUACAAAAUGUUUCAAUGAGAUUAUUAACAAUCCUUGCGAGAUUACUAAAAUUUGUGCAGCACCUUUUAAUGAAGAUACUUAGGGGAAGGAUUAAUAAUUUUUUUAAAGAUUUGGGGAUUUAUUUAAAACAAUGAGGCAUAUUACUCUAUAUCAAUAAGUAUAUACAGUGUAUAAAGAGGAUAUUACCUCAAAAAAAAAAUAUUUGUAAAAUUUAAAUAUAUUUGAAAGAGAAUCCUUUAUUCAAAUUAUUCUAUAUCUUAGUGAAUUUUGAUUUCCUUUCACUAAUUUAUAGAAUAUAUAUUUAAAAAAAAAUAAGAAUGAGCCCACCGAAUGAUUCGUUAUGGCAUAAAUAUAUAGUUUUUUUUUAUAGUUCUCAGGCUCAACUUUAUUGUUAAAGCCAUGUUUACAAGACAAUGAAUUUUUUAAAAUAAAAAAAACUUUAAAGCAACCUCAAAAUUUAAAAAAAA